GAAGGAAGAAGCAGUAAUAAACCACCUGAGCUUCAAACAUGAGAGUCCGUCACACUUUGAUCUGCUGCUUCUUUCUCACGCUGCAGGAUGUCAAGACUGGGCUCACUAAUGCAGAAACCUGUGUCCAUACAGGAACUGAGGGAAGAAACAUCAGCAUUACAUGUGCAUUUUUCUUCUCUGGAUGGAAGAAGUUCUUUUGUAAUGACGAAUGUAAAAAAGAAGACAUUCUCAUUGAAACAGAAGGCAACAUAGGACAGAAAGGCAGAUACAAGAUUGAAUAUGAAGAAGGAAGGUUUCCAUUUUAUUUUACAUUUAUUUAUAUGACUAUCAGUCAGUUGACCAAGUCUGACUCAGGACAGUACAGCUGUGGUUUGGUGCGAUCUUUUCUUCUUGAUGGAUACGAAGAGUUUGAGAUCAGAGUCACAGAUGCCACUUCUCGACAUUUGUUAACAUCACUCCUAUCAUCCUCCACACCUUCAGCCGCCUCUGACACCACCAAUCAGCCUGAGACAUCACCUGCAGCUCCAAACAUUUCCCCUGAAAACAAGGAAGAAUCACUACAUACAGGUUUCUUCCUGGUUUUGGUUGUAUGCGUCUCUGUGGUGAUGGUGGUCGUCCUAUUGGCUGUUGUUUUGCUGUUGCUCUACAAAAAAAAGAUGAAGGACUCUUGUGAUUUAAAGACAAGAAGAAACUCGGACCACAGCAACAUCGAGUGUAUCACCUAUGAGAACUGUCCUCCACCCUCUACAUGUGAAGACUCCACCUACAUGAGCCUCAAUCCAGCCAGCAGGGACCGUGACCAAACCUACUCCACACUCACUCACAUAUACACAUAAUUUUUUUAAUUUGUCAAAACAUGAUGAACAGAAAGUGACAUAUAAUAAUACUUAUUAUCAUUAACAAAGAUAAUAAUAAUAAUGAUAAUAAUAAUAAUAAUAAUGAUAGUAGCGAUUACAUGAUGAACAAUGUUGUGAUAAUAAUGACAUGGCAACAUUUUAUAUAUGCAAACAAUACUAAUAUAUAAUAAUAAUAUAAUUUUGUGUAAUAUUAAUAAAAUAUAAUACUGAUACCAUCCAUCAUGAUGAUAAAUUAUUAUAUUCAUGUAGUAAGAGUGGGGGAGAGGCCACACCAGAACGGUUAAUAUUUCAUGUGACUCUAGAUAAACAGGGAUGUAACCUCAAACUAGUGUGAGUGGCGGAGGCAUACAACCGCAAGGCUGUAAUUCUAGUUUUUUUGUUCCUGCUUUGGACAACCCCCAGACCUUUCUGGAGGGGGGGUCUGUCCACUGAGGAGAGAUACAUUUCUUUUUCCUCGCCCCGUAAGACAAAGGGAGGGAGGUCUCCCCAGGUCUUGCCCCAUUUCGCCGACAUGUCGCCCAGAGGUCAGGCAGGGAACCUACAUCUUCCACGUCCUUCCGAUCCAGCCCAGCCUCAUCCUCACCCAGUCCAAAGUAAUAUAAAUAGUAAUGUAUAAUAUAUAAGAGACAAUACAUAUAAUGAUAUAAUAAUACAAGUCUUACGCACAACUUAAGUUAUACUGUCUGAAUUUAGACCUGGGUUUCAUUAGUGUGCAGGUUAAUGUUGUGAUGUCAGGGCAUAAUUCGAAAUGAAACAUCACUUUUUAAGA